AUGAACCGUAUAUUCGGCAGAGGAACCCCGAAGGCCCCGCCGCCGAACCUCUCUGACUGCAUAGGAAGCGUUGAUUCUCGGGCGGAGUCCGUCGAGAAGAAGAUUGCCAGACUAGAUGCUGAACUUGCCAAGUACAAGGAUCAGAUGAAAAAGAUGAAGGACGGGCCCUCAAAGAACAUGGUCAAGCAAAAGGCAAUGAGAGUUCUGAAGCAGAAGAGGAUGUAUGAGAGUCAGAAAGAUAACCUGAUGCAGCAGUCGUUCAAUAUGGAACAAACAAACUACACAAUCCAGUCCCUUAAAGACACUAAAACCACGGUUGAUGCCAUGAAAAUCGGCCUCAAAGACAUGAAGAAAGCGUACAAGAAAGUGAACAUUGAUCAGAUUGAGGACGUCCAAGAUCAGCUGGAGGAUAUGAUGGAGGACGCCAAUGAUAUCCAGGAGGCACUGGGCAGAAGCUAUGGCACACCUGACAUUGAUGAAGACGACUUGGAAGCAGAGCUGGAUGCUUUGGGAGACGAGUUCUUGAUGGACGAUGACAGCUCCUACCUGGACGACGCCGCGACAGCUCCUUCCAUCCCAGAGGGUCUGCCUGGCGACAAGUCGACUAACCGGGAUGGUGUUCUGGUGGACGAGUUUGGCCUUCCUCAGAUUCCUGCUGUAUAAAGAAGAUAUUGCUGCACUCUUGCUGGUUUUAUAUGUAUCAUAGCCUUUUUUUGUAUUUAUCCAAAUGACACUCUCAGCCUUUAGAGGGCAGUCUUAAGCAUCUACUGUCCAAGGAAUGAUGGAAAAUCACAACAGGAAUCAGGUUUCCUAAAUAACAGUUGAUUAUUCAUUACUAAUGAGCUUCUUUCAAAUGUAUCUACAGUGAUUGUUGGAACUGGGAUUCUUUCUCUCUCUCUCUUUGUACAGUCUCUGCAGCUCGUGUUCACCAAGAACCAAAUAAAUUAUAUUUUUCAAGCCGUACUUCA